CACGCACUCAUCCACUCACACCCUCACACACACACACACUCUCGCUCACACACACACACACACUCACCCUCACGCUCACUGAGCAGUCAGAGAGGCAGCUCCUGCCUCCCACCCCCCACCCUGCUGGAUCUGACAGCAGCAUCGCUUUCAUAAAAGCUGCGACGCUGCAUCCACAGCAGCCCCUCACUGAUCUUUUGUGUCCCUGUUCUUCUUGACGUCUGCGUUGUGUAUCAGCCUUCUGUGCCUUGCCCCGGACUACCAUCAUGGACAUGCUGGCAAAGAAGCAGCGCAGAAGCAGGGAUGUGAAAGGCUUCCUGAAGAGGAACUGGGUUCUCAUAGCAACCAUCAUCUCAGUUAUACUGGGAAUCGGUCUGGGAGUGCUAGUGCGAGAGUAUGCUAGUCUCUCUCAGCUUGAUAAGCAAUAUUUUGGCUUCCCUGGUGAAAUCCUGAUGAGAAUGUUAAAACUGGUCAUCUUGCCCCUCAUCGUAUCCAGCAUGAUAACAGGAGUGGCAGCCCUGGAUUCUGAAGUGUCAGGCAAGAUUGGUCUUUAUGCAGUAGUGUAUUACUUUAGCACCACCAUCAUCGCUGUCAUCCUUGGAAUCAUCCUGGUGACGACUAUUAAACCUGGAGUCUCUCAGACUGCUGAUAAUAUUGACAGAGCGGGAACCACCCCGAAUGUCACCACUGUCGACACCCUCUUGGAUCUUAUCAGGAAUAUGUUUCCAGAGAAUCUUGUGCAGGCAUGUUUUCAACAGUACAAGACUCAGCGCAAGGAGAUCGAACCGUCUGUGUCCAACUCGACAAACACAGUUACGACAACAACUUUCCCACCAUUUACCACCAUAAUGACAACUAUAGCACAGAAUUUGACUAAGGACUACACUAUAGUUGGAGCAUACUCCGAUGGGAUCAAUGUCCUUGGCCUCAUUGUGUUCUGCGUGGCAUUUGGCCUGGUCAUUGGCAAGAUGGGAGAAAGGGGACGAAUCCUGCUGGAGUUUUUUGAUGCUUUGAAUGAAGCCACAAUGAGACUGGUCCAAAUCAUCAUGUGCUACAUGCCAGUGGGAAUCCUGUUUCUAAUUGCAGCUAAGAUCAUUGAGGUGGACGACUGGGAUAUCUUUAGGAAAAUGGGCAUGUACAUGGUGACUGUGCUCAGUGGACUCGCCAUCCAUGCCAUUGUGUUUCUGCCUCUGAUCUACUUCAUUUUAGUGAGAAAGAAUCCCUACUCAUUCGCUCUAGGGAUGGCACAGGCCUUGGUGACGGCCCUCAUGAUCUCCUCAAGCUCUGCGACCUUACCAGUCACCUUCCGGUGUGCAGAGGAAAAUAACAGGGUCGACAAGCGGAUCACCCGGUUUGUUCUUCCUGUGGGUGCUACAAUCAACAUGGAUGGUACAGCACUUUAUGAGGCAGUGGCGGCCAUAUUUAUUGCCCAGCUGAACGGUCUUGACCUUGACGUGGGGCAAAUAGUGACUAUUAGUAUCACAGCAACAGUGGCAAGCAUUGGAGCGGCAGGAGUCCCAAAUGCUGGACUAGUAACUAUGGUUAUAGUGCUGACUGCAGUCGGCCUUCCUGCCAGUGAUGUCACCCUCAUUGUGGCUGUGGAUUGGCUGAUUGACCGUUUCCGCACCAUGAUCAACGUCCUGGGAGAUGCCUAUGGUGCCGGUAUAGUCCAGAAGCUCUCUAAGCGAGAGCUGGAGAGGAUGGACCUCACUUCUGACGUGGAUGUGGCCAAUCCCUUCGCCCUGGAGACCACUCUGGACGACGAAGAGUGCGAGAAGAAAUCCUACGUCAACGGCGGCUUCACUGUGGAUAAGACUGACGCCAUUUCCUUUACUGAGACCUCACAGUUUUAGUGCCAAGCCUUAAUGGCCAUGAAGCUGGUUAUGGAAGAUUGGAAUCACCUCUAGAAGGGUUCAGAGGGGUGGAUACCGUUCAUAAAAAUCAGUGCCAGUGCCAUUACGAGGGGGAACACCCUUUUUUUAGAGGGCACAUCCGAACGCAGACAUUAUCAAUAGCUGCCAUUACUGUUCUCCCUGCACAUUUUCCCUAUCGCUGUGCCCUUGAGCUGAGCCUACUUCUUUGUUUGUGCCAGACAGAGAAAGUCAUUCAAUGGAAGUGAGGAAAAAAAAAAAGGAAUUUGCGAGUGCUUCCAAAAUGCGUUGACCUUUUGCCAAGAAUUAUGCAAAGGCACUUUUUACACAUUUUUCUUACCUGCUUUGUUGUUUUUAACGGUUUCAUACUAACAGUUGCUCUGUAGAUACUCAGAACUCGAAACGGCUCCUGCUUCAGAAGUAUGUUAAAUAUAUGUACGAGUGCGUGAUUUUGUAUGUCUGUUGCUGGAAAUGAGAAAGUACAACGUCAGCAAAGCAGAUUUGUGUGUACUCUGUGUAUUGCACCGAAGCGCAUGUCCUUAACGAAGCUAUUGUAUUUAUCACCUGCAGUGUUAAAACAGAAGUGGACACAAAAGCAAUACGCUGCUGCUCAGCUUUUUAACUGGUUUUUAGCGGAUUAUGUUGGAGCCUCUCUAUUAAAUCAUUAAUCUAGUCCGUUCUGUCCGUGCACUUGCGUUUGAAAGCCAAAUGUCUGUGAGCUUUGAGAGUCUUAGAUUUGCAAACUGUGCCAAAUUUAAUGUUUUAAUACGAAGGGAACAACUUCUAAAACGUUUUAAAAAGUAUUGCAUGAAGCAAUAUGAUGAACACCACAGAUGUGGCCUUUAGAGAAUAAAUGAAUUAAAAAAUUAUUAUUUUUAUUUAUUUUACAUAUGAAAACCCUAUAUAUAUAUAUAUAUGACAGUAAUAUAAUAAUAACUGGACACCUCUCAAUUCUCUAAGUAACAAAUACUCUGCAUGAAAAAAAAAUAUCUGCAAAUGUUCCAUUUAUUUGCAUAUCAUUUGCAUAUACACGAUAUGGACAAAGAAUAGGAACACCUAUUAAUCACUGAAUUUAGGUAUUAAAUCAAGAACCAAGACAUAGAGUUCACUGUAUGGGAAGGCAGCUCCAUAUUAAUGCUUAACGUUGUGUAGGUGUCCCGACACUUUUGUCCAUAUAAUGUAUGUGCCUAGCCUUUUUACAUCCAACAUUUUCUGCAAUAUAUGUGUAACUAAACAACUAAAUGCAUUUAAAUGUGCAGAAGUGUGUUUUUUGCAGAUAAUGUGCAGCAACAUUAAUUUUUACUUAGAAAAUCAAUAACGUAUUAUGUAAACAUGAUUUCCAGAGGUGCCAAACUUUUGCAUACGUCCGUGUAUAUAUUAUAUGUAUACAAACAUCCGUAUAUAUGCUUUUUUGGGUCCUCCUUACAGCCAGUGUCUUUACUGCUGCAUAACAGUACCAUCGAUCUGUGAGGACGAAGGCCACUGCAUACCUUCUCCCGUGCAUACAAAGCAUUUUUCCAAGCUAUAGCUACAGAGUAUUCUUGAGUUUCAUAGAAUCUCAAUGACAGGAGCCGUGCCAAUCUCUCUUUCUCCAUUCUGGAGUAGAAAAUCACCAUUAGGGCUACCGGAACUCUUGGCCAGAACUGGUGCGUAGGGAUUACAGUAUAUGAACUGUUAUUCCAGACUGCCCUCAGCGUGACUAUGUGGUCGAUGUAACUGUAUAUUAGUGCCAAUCUAUCUACUGUUUAUUUCUUACACUUUUUUACAUGUAUGUUUUUUUCUUUUCUGGGCUGAACUGGAAAUGGCAGAGAAAGUUAUUAAUAUUGUGAAAUGGUUGACAUAAAAUUUUGUGAACCAGACUUUACACUGUAUAUGCUAUUUAAAGCACAUUUUUGUCCAACUCUCAAUGACUGACAUUUAAAGAUUAGCUUAUCAUAUAAUGUAACAUGAUGUUAUGUACCAAGAAAUUAAUAAAAUACAACAAAGCUAAGUA